AGAGAGAGGGAGAGAGAGAGAGAGAGAGAGAGAGAGAGAGUUAACAGGGGAUCCAUGGAGCGUGUCACAGUACAAGUGUUUUCUAUGUCUUCUUGUCCACGAUGCACUUUAGGAUUGCAAUAAGAUGCGUGUGUGUUUCCAGAUAAUCAGUUUCUUCCUCUCAGUAAACUUUUACUCCCAGCCGCUCCGAGCUCAGGAUCCCUCCUGUUGCCACCAUGCUGCCGAGUUCUCCCCUUGCAAAGAAGCUUGUGACCAGCUCGCUACGAUAAAGAGUGAGUCCCGUCUAAAGCAUCUCCUCCAGAGGUUACCUGGUUACUGUCCAGAGUCCAUGAAUGAACUUUGGCUGUGCAUCAACUCUACACUCCCAGGUGUAUCCAGGAAGUCAGACGGCUGGGUGGGGCUGGGCUGCUGUGAGCUGGCUAUCUCAUCUGAGUGUCGCAGGGAAUGUAGACAGGCUACAUCUAAAAAUGACAUAACAAAAGUAUGCAAAAAAGUCACAGAGACAUCCCUCUACAGCUGCAUCACCAAAAAUGAAAUGGGCUCCACAUGUUGCAGCUACGCAGGGCGUCACACCACCUGUAGGGAGUACUGCCAGGCCAUCUUCAGGACCGACUCCACCCCCACCGUGUCCCAGAUCAACGCUGUCAAAGAGUACUGCCAGAGUCACAGCACUCAGCUGCUCGGCUGUGUCAGCAACUUCACCAAGUCCUACCCUAUACGCAGCCCUAUAGACAGUCUGUACUGCUGCGAUCGAGCAGAGGCCACACACUGCCAGGUGGCAUGCCGGAGGAUACUCCGCACCAUGAGCACAGAGCACGAGAUCAUGGAGGGUUUGAUCGAGGAGUGUGGCUCCCAGCCUCUCCCUCAGGAGCCCAUGUGGCAGUGCUUUCUGGGCAGCGCACACCCUCCUUCCCCACCUGAAGAGGAGACCCCCCACCCUGCUAAGAUGGACUGUGCAAAGCUGCACUGCUGCGCCAAAGCUAACACCUCCCUCUGCAGGGACAUGUGUCAGGAGAUCAGCACUAACUGGGGCAGUCAGACGUGGCAGGACUUUGACCAGCUCUGUGAGUACAACCCUGUGGAGACAGAGCUCAUCAACUGCCUGGCUGAUGUCAGAGAACCGUGUCAGCUGGGCUGCAAGGACCUCACCUACUGCACCAACUUCAACAACAGGCCGACAGAGUUGUUCCGCAGCUGUAACGUCCAGUCAGACCAGGGCGCCAUGAAUGACAUUAAACUGUGGUCAAACGGAACGAUCAAGAUGCCGUUAAUGAACAUCCCUGUGCUCGACAUCAGGAAGUGUCUGCCGGACAUGUGGAAGGCCGUGGCCUGUUCGCUGCAGAUCAAACCCUGCCACAGCAAGUCCAGAGGGAGCGUCAUAUGCAAGUCAGAUUGUGUGGACAUCCUGACCCAGUGUGGGGACAGGAAACAUUUCCAUGAAGGCCAAACUCCAGAGAGGAUCUGUGAGCUGCUGUCACCCAUCGAUGACCCUGAACGCUGCAUUCCCCUCCACAGAUACCUCACUCCAAGUUCCCUUGGCAACAACAUUGUGGAGGAGGUGAUCCAUCCAUGCAACCCCAACCCAUGCCCCAGCAACCACGUAUGUCAGGUCAACAGGAAGGGAUGCCUUGAUGAGCUCAACUGCCAGCCAUACCUCUGUGUUCCAGGCUGUAAACUAGGUGAGGCCUCGGAGUUUCUGGUGCAGCAGGAUGCUCGUAUCCAGGUGCCGACUCGCGCUGGUCCCGCUGGGUGCUUCGAGGUCUGCAGCUGUGGUCCCAGUGGGCGUCUGGAGAACUGUGGGGAGAUGCCCUGUGUGGACACCAACAAGCCCUGCAUCGUAGGAGGACAGAGGAAGAGCCACGGGACAUCUUUCAUGGUGGACUGCCACACCUGUUCCUGCUUCGCUGGUGACUCCAUCUGCUCCACACGGGAAUGUCUGGGCUACGACAGCUCCGAUGAGGACCGCCGACACUUCACUGGUCUGCCUUGUAGCUGUCCGGACCGUUUUGUCCCAGUAUGUGCCUCAAACGGACGGACCUACCCUAGUGCCUGUGUGGCUCGCUGCAUGGGAUUCAAGGACCAUCAGUUUGUCUUCGGCUUGUGCCGCCUCAGCAAGCCCUGCGCCAACAAACCCUGCCAGAGAAACCAGAGGUGCCUCCCAAAGUAUCGUGUGUGUCUGAGUGACUCAUCAGACUGCCCACAGUACGAGUGUGUAGGUCGUCCCGGACCCUGUGAUAAGAACAGUGUGGAGCCGGCCUGUGAUACUGAUGGCCUGGUCCACCCCAAUCUGUGCCAUUUGCAGCAGGCUGGGAAAACUCUGGCCUACAUGGGCCACUGCCAGGAUGCCUGUACGAAGCCCAAGCAAGUUUGUGGCCACAAUGGUGAGACCUACAACACGGUGUGUGACGCCUUCUCCGACCGCGUGGCUGUGGAUUACGAGGGCCCCUGCCAAGCUGUAGGGGGCGUGUCUGACAUGGCCCCUGACUCUGCAUGCAGCGGGAUACCAUGCCCUCCUCUGUCCACUCCAGGCUGCCUGCCUGUCACCCCCCCUGGAGCCUGCUGUCCAAUAUGUGCCAGCAUGCUGCAGAUCCUCUGGAACAAAGAGCAGAUGAAUACUUUCUCAAAGCUGAAUAAGAACCAGCCAGUGACGGUGCAUGACGUCCUGCAGAUCCUCCGGCUUCAUGUCUCAGUGCCGCAGUGCGACGUCUUUGGAUACCUGAGCAUCGACCAUGAGAUGGUCGUCCUCAUUGCUCCGGUGGACCAGCAGCCAACACCACUACAGCUCGAAGCCUGCAGCAAGGAAGCCGAGAAGAUCGAUUCCCUCAUCAACUAUGCCAGCCCCACUCUGGUCUCCCACGUCCCCCUCUCCGCCUUCCUCACCUCCGAGAUCAGAACCUCCUCCAUCCACUCUUCUGCGAGCGCUCAGCCUCCACCUCUAUCCGCCAGCCUGUGCUUCCUCCUGGGCGUCGUCAUCGCCGCCGCAGCGGCCCCUGUCCUCCACCAGCUCUGAGUGCCUCCAAAUCCCCACCCAGCCCCUCGCUCACUAACUCCUGAGUGCUUCCAAAGAUUCCCUUCUUCUGAGAUGACGGGGCUGUCAGGAGGUGAGUGUGUUUGUGCGACGGCAGCGCAGGGAGAAGCAGCGGCGGCAUCUUUCGACAAUCAUUCCUAUCGACUCACCUGCGUGUCAAACAAUCAAGAUGGUGGAAAAGCUAUUAACGUUGAAAGCUUUUGUAUGAACAGUAUUAUUCGGUGGACGAGUUACUCACUGGGUUUCCCUCCGUUGAAGCGUGUGUGUGCGUGUGCGUGUGCGUGUGCGUGCGUGCGUGUGUGACCUUUAAGAAGCAUUUGACUUCAUACCAGCAGUGUUUAUCCAUUAGUUCCAGCAACAAGCUCUCCUCUGAAAGCUGUUGAGUGGGAAUGUAAAUUUCAUGACUCACUCUGUCUUAUUUAGAGGCUUUGUUUGCGUGUGUGUGUGUGUGUGUGUGUGUGUGUUUGUGCUUUUGUGUACGUCUGAAUGAGUUUUGGAGACAGACAAGGACAAAACAUCCCAGUCUGGCUGAACAUCUGUCUGAUAAAUUACCCCAAAAUUCCCUCGGCCACACACAUUAUCAAAUGCACUCGCACACAAACACUGGUGUCACUCCAUCCAGAUUCCUCUGCUCAGUUUAAAUCCUGUGUCAGAUGGAGUCCGAUCAUUUAGUGUUGCGUAUCAAGACUUCUGCACAGUCUGUAGGGCAGUGCAUCGUGUAUAUACAUGUGAGGUGUUUAUGGACCUAUAGUGUUUGAACCUCUAACCUCAGCAGUGUUAGCGCCAUGCUCAUAUACUGAGCCAGCUCAGAUGAAACUAAUCCAGCCUCCAAAGUUGGUUGGAACUACAGUAAUGACCAAACAAAGUGCCAAGAAGUCAACUGAAAAGUAUUCAUGUAAAGGGAGCCACGUUCUGUUGUGUUUUCCCACAGCGGUAGAGUGAAGCCGAACUAAGCUCAAAGUGUGAUCUAGGAUCAGAAAUAGAUGUUGCUUUCUCCUGAAGGCAUCAAACUCUCUCCCCGAACAAACCUGGUGACACUUUUAUCUAAUGUGGUUUUCAUAAAAUGUCAUUUUCUAAAUAAUAUUUUAAAAAAUGGAUGUUCCUAGUCAAAUUUCACUUCCCUUUUUAUAAUCCUUCCCUCUUUCAACAGGGUAGUUUAUCUUCUUCAGGCUUUAGAAAUCACAGCUCACUAAUCAUUGGACACAUGCAGCCUGUGACCAGGGCUUCUUAAGGGGAUAUCGCUUUGCUCUGAUAGUCACAAGCAAACCCCACAGAGUCAGAGUGUUUUUAAAAGCAUCAAGAGAUUUAGUCCCUGCUUGUAGCUUCAAAAUACACGAUCAUUUUACUAAAGAUAUAAAGUGUUCAUUGGGAUAAAAGAGCUAUCCAAGUUGUUUACAUGCAAUGAAAUAAAAGUGAAACAAAACCUGGAAGGGACACAGUCUUUCAAAUCUGACUGGCUAGGUUAGUGUGAUUUGUAUAGACAUCUCUAUUAAAUCGUUUGAGUGCUGCAGUUCCAAAAAAAAAGAAGUCAGAAGGCUUGCAAAUGUAUUUAAGAUAAAUAUAAUGAAUAGCAUUGAUGAUACAGACACCAUUUGAAUAGCCCCCCGGGGUCAAAUAAAGUUUUUUGAAUUGAAUUGAAUUGAACCAAGGUUUGCUGAGUUUAACUGGGAUUCUUGUAUUCGAGUUAUGCAACUUUAUGACUAUUUAUCUGAGACCAUUUGCCUUAUAAAACUCUGCAUCACUCAAAAUGAAUGCUGCUACUUCAGGAUGCACACUCAAACGAUACAUCCACAGGCUCCUACUCCAAGCUGACAUAACCAGAGUAGUUCACAAUAUCUGAGUUGAGUUAUACAAUAUCAUGUUUAAAGAUCUGCCGUUAGAGCCAGACCGAUUAAUCGGCUAGCCGAUAAUAUCAGCCAAUAUUAGCAUAUCUAGUGACUAUCAGUAUAGGCUAAUUUCAUGAUAGAUAUGCGCCGAUAUUUUUAGAUUCAUUCACCAGUCAAAAACCAUUUCAUUUGAAUAUUGUAUCACACUAGCAGUUCUCCCUGUCACCAGUAGAGUGUGCUCUAUGGAUUAUAACAAGCAUUAUCACUCUCCAGAGUGUCAAGCAGUGACAUGAACAGUUUUCUUCCAGUUGAGUGACCCUCUUGUCUUUAUAAUAUAUCUUUUCCAAAAGUGUUUGAUAACUGCAUUAGAGGGAUCAACACCCGGUAGCUAUCUCUACCGAUCGAACAUAGAGCUAAGCGAAGAGAGAUAUCGGCCGAUAUAUCAGUCGUUUUUUUUUCUCCCCAAUAUCAUCAAUAUCGGCCCCCCAAAACAAAAUCACAUCUUGGUCGCGCCAUAAUCACCACAUCUUGUAAAGUGCUACCAGGUUUGUUCCCCCGCGCCGCAGGUGAACCAUUCUGAGAUAAAGCAUCUGAAAAUCCUAGAUCCCCUCCCUCUGUGUGUGCGGCCAGUAGCUCUGGCAAGCAUUAAAAGGGAUGCUUCCUGUCUGUACAUAUGAACUAGAAGCCAUUUGAUAACAAAAGGACAAUCACGUAGUCACUACCCAGAAUCCUCUUUGGGUAGAAAUGAUUUCCACAGUAUGCCUUUGCAUAUAGUGUCUUAUAUGAAGUAAUAAUAAAAAUGCAAUAACUUUAUAUUUGUUAAGAAAUGUCUCUAUAUUUGAUAUGUAUCUGAUUGAGAUGAUGAUCACCUAUGUGCCAUGUUUUUUUUAUAUAUAUAUAUUAAUAUAACAGAUAGCUGUUAUUCUUAUUGCAUGAUGACAAUUAUGAAGUGUUUGUACUCCAGAAUGUAUUAUAGUGUGUUGUCCCGUCUCUUUGUGUUCGUCUAUCUGCCUGUACAGCACAAUGUGUCCCCGUCUCUAACAGUAUUACUGUGCUAGGCAGCUCUGUAGCAGGGAACCCUCAACACGGCUCCUCCAUCUAUUACUAUUAUUAUGUAUUAUUAUGAUUAUGAUUAUUAUUAUGAAUAUGAUAAUUUUUUGAAUGUUUGUGACCAAUGGAGCCAACAAAAGUGUUUUUACUUGACAAGCUCGUGUCAGCGUUUGAUUUGAUUCCAUGUUACUUAAGAAGAGAGUUCAAACUGCUCCUGAUGAAUUAUUUCUCAGAUGAAAGAAAAGUUCAACUAUUUGAGAGAAAACCUGCCCUUCUUUUCUGAGAGUGAGAUGAAAAGAUUGAAUACUUCACAUACCUGUUCUGACUCCAGCGCCUUUUUUUUUUUCUUUCAAAACAAAGACAUGAAUUCCAUACCGAUGUUCUCAUUUCAUCAUUUCAGAGGAAAAUCUCCCGAAAAUGUUUUAUUAUUCAUACAUUUUGAUCAUUUUUUUGAAGUCUUGCUGCAACAUGGUCCUACUCCCAACUUGUCAAAUACAACCAGCUGUUUGACGGCCUUAUGCUUCAAAAUAAAUAUGUCGAUCUUAGUGAACCCUGACGUGAAUAAUUCAUUUGAUUUGAUAAGGUUAGAUAUACUUUGCUUUGCCUUGGGCAUUAUAGUAAAAGAGACAUGCAGCUCUGAUCAACAUGAAGUUACAUAAAAACAAACUCACACAACCAUGAAUACGAGUCAAGCUUUAAACACUUUGAUGGAUUACAGUAUAUUCUAUAGAGUUGGGUCACUUUCUUGUUGUGUUGGAUGAGUUGGGAGAGAGAAAUGUGAGGAACUUCAUUUCUAAAAGGGAGCUCAUUCAUACUUUUCCAUAUUUUGUAAAUGAGGUACUCAAUCAGCUGUCCUGAGCAUGUGACCCUCAGGAUGAGUCAGUCCAAUCAGCAGAGCAGGUUUUCUUUCAUCACAAUGACUGUUGUAACUCAUUCUAGGUUUUUUAAGGUUGAUUAUUUUUUUUUUUACCAAAUUGUCCAAUGGUUUGUAUGCCCUUUGAGUGCUGUCCUCUCCAUUUAUCAUCACUGUGUUUGUCAGGAAUCUCAAAUAGAAAGAAUUCAGCAGGAUGCAUAUUUCAUGAAAUAUAAAAGAAGCAAUACCAUGACCAA